AUGGCUGAAGCUCUCAGUUUAAGUGACUCAAAUGAAACAAUUAAGUAUGCAUUUCAUCUUGGAACAUCCGAUAAAGUUGUUCAUCUCAGUCAACAAGAAGUGAAUCGUAUUCCCUAUAUAUUUCAACUUGUGACACAUAAAGAUGAUUUCACAUCGGUUCAAAACGACAAAGGCGAGUUUGUAUUAAAUCAUCCUAUUGAAUAUUCUUGUUUUGUGGCUAUUUUGCAUUACAUCAAUUCUGGACAAUUGUACACAUUAUUUACUGAACUAGCGAAAGAUGGUACUAUUUUGGAUACACUUCAACUAUACGAUUAUUUGGGUCUCGGUUCGUUUCCUCUACCACUUCUAAAAAGUAAGACUUUGCUUCUAUCAAAUUCAAUCGAAACGGAUCAUGAUACAAAACGUGUUGAAUAUCACACGGCAAACGUUUCAGAAGCACGAGAGACAGCUGCACAAUUCAUUAUAGCUCUCGGUAACAAUCAAUACGAUUUACGCCAUGUGGCUACCGUAAACAAUAUUUUUUCUUUAAUCAUGAUUAUUCUCUCCAAUGCAACUGUUUUUAAUUCACGAUUUCGUCAUCAUACUCUAGUGGUAGUGAAAGAAUGUUGUUAUUUGAUGUUUUCUAAAAAGCAAAAACUGCGCCUAUCUACUAAAACAAUUUCUCUAAAUCGUAAAAUC